AUGUUGACCACGAUGUUCCUUUCAGCACUCCUGAUGCUGGGAGGUCUUAGAGGGUCAGCAGCAUCUGACUUGCAGGUCCAUGGGAAAUCAAUCCAGUGGGAUAAAACUUUGCAGAGGAGCGAUGAUGGACGACACACUGUGAGGAGACAGCCACAUCAACAGGCAAAAGGGGAAAUCCGCAGGAGUUUAGAUGUUGAGAGCUACAACGUAAACAUGACCCCCAAUACCAGCAAAAACAGCAAAAGCAGCCUCCCGACCAUCAUCAGGCUCUACCCGCCCACUGCCAAACCUCUCUACCUGUACGCCAACAUGCCCAUGCGCUUUGGGAGAGAGAGUUUUCCAGAAGAGGACAAGGCCACAAGCUUGACCCCCAACAUGCCCCAGAGGUUUGGGCGGUUUUGGGAAGUGAUUCAAAUGUGUGCCAAGUGUCCUGAUGAUCGAGAAGCACUCAACCCAGAGCUGCCACUAAGCUUUGGGAGAAACAGUCCAAACUGGAGCCAUCUCAGGACUCUGUACAAUACGUGGUUAUUCAACAUUGGCUUGCACUGGUAA